AUGGCUUCGAAGAAGACGAAACAACAUAAGAUGUCAACGGCGGCACCAGGGCCGUCAGUUUUCGAGGUGUACACCUACGUCGACACCAACAAGAGCAUCGACGAAUUAUUUCAGGCUGGACGUGUUAGCGACGGGAAACUGUAUGAGAGAAAGCCAAAUAGGAAAUUUCCAAUGGCGUACUACGCUCCAAAACCCCGUCCACGUGGCAGUUCAGCUGGUCACUCACCGCAAGGCAGUAGCGACGACGGGAUGAGUAACGCUGGGCGCAAUGCUCUGAGUCCGAGUGGAAGUCAACAGAUUUCAUCUCCUUUCCAUAAAAAACAAGCGAGCGCGCCGGAACUUGACACUCAUCAUAUUGACCUGUACAAUCGGCCUGUGCCUGUUCCUCAAGUGAUCACUCAUCAUCAUUCAAAAUCAAUUUCAGCUAUCCCUCCCAUGCCCGAUCCAGCUUUUACAGUUCCACAACAUAACCGAUCUGUUUCACAUGAGGCCAACUACAAUGCGUCGUUUGGAACUCAGCCAUCGUUUCAUGACUCUAUUCCAUCCUCACUGUUCGAUCCUCGUGGCAAGAGUCAUUCUCUCGAUCCGAUGGUUGUUGGAAUUCAUGAUCCUAGUUCCCAGAUCAGCGAGAAAAUGAACGCACUCGGUCCAUUGCCGCCAAAUUGGGAAAUGAAACUUGAUGAACUCGGCAAUCGUUAUUUUGUUGAUCACAACACACAGACAACGACGUGGUACGAUCCGAGAAUACCUGAACAUGUGCAAGAGGAGGGAAUUCGUCAAAGACACGCAUGUCAGCAACAGCAGCAACAACAACAACAACAGCAGCAGCAACAGCAGCAGCAACAACAGCAGCAGCAACAAUUCCAUCAGCACGGUGUUAUGCAACAGCAGCCAUCUCAACAACCAUAUUUCUCCCCACAACCUCAAAUUAUUCACCAACCACCGCACGCAUAUACGCAAAUUCAGCCGGCGCAGGACUUUAACUCGUCAACGUAUCAACGAGUACAAGAGUUACAAAACGAGCGCUCAGUGAUGUUGGAAAAACAAGAACAAUUGCUGCGAUCGGGGCUACUUGAUCAAAGCCCACAACAGUAUCAUAGCGCCAUGUCUCCAAUGCAAACGACAAGUUUAAUGCGAACGAUGUCAACCGACAGCGGAGCUGUGCCAGACUCCAACAUGGACGUCGACUAUACAUCUUCGUUAGGGUUUGACCCUGUUGCCAUUGCGGACAUUAAUCCCCAUGAAUUCGACAAAUAUCUUCAACUUUCGUCACAUCGAGGAUCAGCGACUGUUGCUAAAUACCAAUGA